UUUGGAUAUUAAUGAAAGGGAGAGGUAAGAGAAAACCUUAAUGAUGAAUUUAUCAAAUAUUGUACCAAGAUAAUCGUCUUUACACAUUUGACACAAUCUUUUUAUUAUUAUAUGUAUAUAACUAAUUAGACGGUAAUUAUUCAAAUUCGAAGAUAAGCUAUAUAUAAUUUGGCUAAAUGAUAAAUCAGAAACUUUAUUUAUAAAGUCAUAUGUGUGUACAAAAAUAUAUUUUAUUCUUGAGAAAUAAAAUCAGAAUGACAAUUAGGUAUUUGCUUAUUAUAUGAAUCACGUUUUGUUUAGAUGUCCUGUGCUUCUUUUUUCUUAUGCUGGUUUGUUCUAUACCUAGCUAUGCUUUUGAUAAUUUCACCAUGUCUCGUUCCUUAUAGUCUGAUAUCUAGUUCCUUUUUUUAAAAUGUUUUUUUCAGGCUAUCGGUUUUGUGAGGAAGCUAGCUUUUAAUUAUGGACAGGAUAAGUCAGUUGCCAGAUGAGCUUCUACUGAAAAUAUUGGCCUUACUUCCUAGUAUGAAAGAUGUUGUGGACACUAUGCUUUUGUCAAAACGAUGGCAGUUUCUUUGGAUGAUGGUUCCAACAAUCAAAUACAAUGAUACGCUUGAUAGGUAUAGUAAGCACAAGUACGGAAGCUUUUCAUUGUUUGUAGACAAAUCUUUUUCUAAGCACGAGGCUCCCAUUAUAGAAACUUUACUUUUUAAACUUGAUCAUAUCUCUGGUUGCGGGAACAUUCAAGCGUGGAUGAGAUCUGCUGAUAAACGUUGUGUGCGUGAGCUGAUUAUCCAGAUCGAUACUCUUACUUUUAAAAAGCCAGUCUCACUUCCUUGGAGCUUGUUCAGUGGGGGGUGUAGAAUGCUUGUGACCUUGAAACUAACUAAUGCGGUUCUUGUGGAUGAUUUUACUUCACAAAUUUCUUUCCCAUCCCUCAAAACGUUGAGUCUUGAGUCCAUGAAGUAUCCAAGUGGUGAAUUUGUCAAGAAGCUUUUAUCCAACUGUCAUGUCCUUGAAAACUUGGUUGUGGAGCAAUGUCAUGUUGACAGUGUUAACAUUUUCACUGUUAUUGUGCCUUGUCUAAAGAGUUUAGUCAUGAAGACAUUAAAUACCAGAGUUGGAAAUGAUGCUCAAGGAUUUGUUAUAGAUGCUCCUUCUUUGGAAAAAUUCAACAUUCUUCAUUCGAGUGGGUUUUGUAUCUUUGAGAAUGAUAUGACUAAGGUUGUGGAUGCAAAUCUUGUCGUUGUUAAUUGGAAGUUAUGGAAGAAGUUGGGUUCUAUUGCUUCGUUCAAGCGCCUUUAUCUGUGCGUGCCAUCCUCAAAGGAUGUGUAUACUGCUCGUAGUGUCUUCACCAGUCUUGUACAUUUGAAGAUAUGCACAUGUGAGACAGAAUGGGUAAAUCUACUUAUGCGUGUGCUCGGAGAUUCUCCAAAUUUACGAGCUCUCAAACUUGACCAGUGCCAUCCCCUUCGAUCUUAUGAGCCACGCCCAUGCUGGAACCCGUCAUGGAAUGAACCGAGCUCAGUUCCUGAAUGUUUGUUAUCAAAUCUUGAAACUUUUGAAUGGGUAACAUAUGAAGGAGCAGAAGAAGAGAUAGAAGUAGUAGCGUUUGUUUUUAGAAGCGCGAAGUAUUUAAAGAAGGCAGCUAUUAAUAUUCACAGUAAAACCAAUGACACUGACAAGAAACUUGAGGUGAUCAAGGAGUUGUUCUCUUCAUCGAGGGGUUCACCAGCCUGUGUGCUUGAGUUACGCUAA